CCCCUCCGCUGUGUAUUGCAUAAUAAUCUGGGUUUAUAAACAUGAAGCGCUCAUGAACGCUUCACAGCUGUUAAUAAAGCGGCUGUUCCUUUAUUAUUACAGGGUUGUUUAGAAGCCGUAGUGAGCUGCAGGAUCUGCUGUGUGUCUCCUCACGACAUGGUUACAGCUUUGUAAUUAGCGUGUGAAGUGGAUCUGAGUGUUUAAUGAUCUAAUCCGAGUUGUUAUGGCUCGCAGGAAGACGUACAUCAGUGUGGGUUACUCGUGUGUCGGGCUUGUGCUGGGAUUCUCCGCUUUCCUGGUGUGGAACAUCGUCUACAAACAGCCAUGGACCUCCGCCAUGGGAGGAUUAUCAGGGGUGCUGGCACUCUGGAGUCUGGUCACUCACAUCAUGUACCUACAGGACUACUGGAGAACAUGGCUGAAGGGUCUGAAGUUCUUCCUGUUCGUAGGCGUGUUCUUCUCCGUGCUCUCCAUCAUCGCCUUCAUCUCCUUCUUGUCCGUAGCCAUCUCGCGUAAAGAGUCGCUGAAGGACCCUCACAGCCUGUACCUGUCGUGUGUUUGGAGCUUCAUGAGUCUGAAGUGGGCGUUCCUCCUGAGCCUCUACUCUCACCGAUAUCACAAAGAGUUCGCUGACAUCGCCAUCCUCAGCGACUUCUAACACGCGCGCGCACACACACACACACACACACACACACACACACACGAGUACAUGAUCACACCCAUUGAAGAGUUUGAAUCACUGUUACACAUUUCUAGCUUCUGGUUUUAAAAUGCUGCGAGGAUGAAGGAGGUGACCACCGUUGUCAUGGUGACUAAAGAGAUUAAAGGAAAACUCCAGCAUUGUUCUUUUUUUUUUAUCCUUCUCUUUCUCUCUUUCUCUCUCUCUCUUUCUCUCUCUCUUGAGCGUGAUUACAGCUUGGAUGAGAACUAUUUUAUGUUUUGCACCGAGCAGAACCCACGUAUGAUAGAAGUCAAGGGGCAGAUGUUAUGUUUUGUGUUGGACUCUAAAUGUAAGGGUCGAGUCCGAGUCAGAAUCCGAGCGAGUGUCCGAGUCCGAGCGCUGAUUCUCUGUCAGACGCACAGCCUGUUAAUGUAAAUUUCGUUUGUAUCACUAAACUAUAUAAACCAUAUAAAUGUAGUGACUGUCAUAAAGCCACAAAAAGCUUUUAAAGGAGCUGUUUCACUUCUGAGCCUUUAGAAUAUUUCUUUCUGUUCUGGACCCCAAGUCAGUCGUGAUUCAGGACGAUUUCAGAAAUUUCUACUUGCUUUUUGUUCCUCUUCCAGUUUGCCAGGUCUGUUUUAUACAGAAUCGGCAGCGGAGGGAUACGACAAACCCUGAACUUUAGCCGGAACUUCUUUUUACUUCCUGACUGUAUAUCAGUGAUCCAUCAUCUCAUGCAACAGCUGCCUCUAGACUUGUAUUCUGACUGAUCUGGGAGCAAAGCGUCGUGUUUUGGUUUGGUUUUUGUUUGGAAAAGUGAUGAAGUCUGUGUUAUAUUAUAACCUCACACACACACACACACACACACACACACACGCUGGAGUUGUCCUUUAAUGCAGCUUGUCUGUUGUAUGAUAUCUGAUAGAUUUUAUUAGCUCGAUGCUGCCGGAUGCUUUAAUUCUACUUUUAUAAUAAUCGUGUGAUGAACAGAGGGGGCGUUUCUGAGCCUUUACCAGUUAAAAUAUCUUAAAAGAUAAAUAAAAAUAUGAAUUUUUCUUUCUUUUUACGGAAGGCGGGGCUACAGAGCAGCACCGGUGACGUCACUACAUCUGAAAAAUGCUGCGCGGGUUCGAUCGUGUGUGUGUGUGUGUGUGUGUGUGUGUGUGUGUGUGUGUGUGUGUGUGUGUGUGUGUGUGUGUGUGUGUGUGUGUGUGUGUGUGUGUGUGUGUGAUCACUGCUUAGGAUGUGAAUAUGGUGAAUGAUCUUGUCCACCUGCAGUAAGAAGUCACAGCCACGUGUUCUUUAAACCGUCUGAUCAUUUGGAUUAACGUGAUUGUUAUUGAAGCACAGACAUGUGGAGAAAAUAAUAAUAAUAUAUUAAAAAUAUAUAUCCAUUAAAUACAUGCAUAUUUAAUUUGACGAUCUCACGACAAGCCGUAACUCUGAGACGUUUCAGUCGGACAGCAGGUAAAGUCACGUGUCCGUCAGAGGAAGGUUCAGUGAUGGUGUGGGAUCACGGUGAGGUUCUGCACCUGAGAUCCCUGUCUGUGUGGUCACUUUUACUGUCUUAUUUAUUUAGUGUAUUCGUGCCUGCAUUAAUCUCAACCCCACUUCAGACCGGAGAAACGUGUGAUUAACUGUGUUCAUGUAGCGUGCAGCUCGUCUGGGUCUCGCACUCACUCACAUGGACAACAAAUGGCAAUGUUUUAUUAUUUGAACGUUCACGUGUCUUUAUAUAAACGUUUCUGUGUGACGUCAUGUCAAUAAAACACUUUUAUUCAGA